UCUGUGAAUUGAAGCUCCAGGAAGCAUAGACAGAGGCACCCAUAGCUCCUGUUUUACAUUUACAAGGUGAGACACACUAAUGUGUGUGCACAAAGCAAAUGAGGAUGUAGACAAAAGAAUAUUAGCAGGCAGUUAGUUCACUCAUUCAGAGUUCAUUACAAAGGCAAUUGGUGUGCUGGAGAAUGACUAGUUCAGAGAUGGAUGCAUAGGUGCAUAUACACAAUCUGCUUUACACUGACAGGGCCUAGACACACACACUUGCUUCUUGGUAUGACACACCCAUUGAUGUACACAAAUACACAUUGAAACACACAUGACUGCUCAUGUAGCUUGACAAAUGCAUGUAUUGCUGGACAAGAGAACAGGAUUACAGCUCUGCUGAAAAAUGGAAGUAUUUGUUAUCCUCCUGGGCAUGUUAAAUGCAGCACAAGCCAGCAGUUCCCCCGGCCUCCCAUUGCUGCCUGUCUCCCUUGAGGUCAGAGAUACUCCGCAGUAUUUCCGUUUGCAGCGAGCAGUACCUGGAGAGGAUGCUGUUACUUCAUCACAGGGGGCCACAACGUUGUCACACAGUGAGGCUUUUCUAGUAACCCGUCUGGGAUCCAGAGAGCCACAUGUUCGGGCAUCAUUUCAGCAUAUACAAGUUCAAGAGAAUGUUCCAUGGAAGGUUCUGGGAGCCAAAGUAAAGGGGGUACAAGGAGAGGUGGUUGGAGGUGAAGUAUCUCCAUCUGAUCCUGUAGCUCGAAUACUGUUUCACCGGUCAGGGGCAGAUGGGGCAGCUCGCGGAUCCAAAACGCCAUGUGUGAAUGUGCAAGGUACACAUGGAGAAUUUGCAGUGCAAGGUUCCUGCAGGAUACAGCUUCCUCUGGAUGUUUGUGUAGUUGAGCUUCUAUUCUCCCCCUCCUGGUUCUCUCUCCCCUCCCUCCCCUUGAACGUGACCCUGCAUUACUCCUUGUCAGAAGACUGCGAGGGAGUGGAGGAGGGCACUGAGAUUGCAGGUGUGGCACGCGUAGUGAGCGUAGGGACCCAAAAGACACAGCGGCUUAGUGUGGGUGACUCUCUGACUGUAACUCUGCCUGACAAAACACUUCUCCCUGGGGAGGUGUUUACAGCUUCCAUCAGCUUGAGACCCAACUGGACACAACCAAGCUUCAAUUUGCGGGUGCGUUGUCGUUCAGGGCUUGAACUUCUCUUUGCUCGUUCUGCUGCCCCUAACACUUGGGCUGUGAAAACUGAGACCCAACGGGGUACUAAACACCAUACUGUAAUUGGUCACGUGACCCACCGUGGAGCCUCUGAACGCAGGCCCCCACCAGUAGUUGCUCUUUUAGAUUUUCUUGUGGGUAACGUUUCCAUUGGCUCCGCUGUCUCUCGAAGAAUCUCUUUCCAGCUUGACAUUCCGGGAACAAGUGCAGCCGCCUCGGGGGUGCGAGGGAGUGCUGAGGUUCUGGUGUCUGACCGAGAUCUCAGAGCCAUUGUUCCUCUUGUCAAGUCUCAUGAAAUUUUAAACACGGCUCCCCUCACAGGAAUUUCUCAAAAGAUCCCUGUCAGAGUGCUGGCUUUAGAGGCGGGGGGAUCUGUUCUGGAUGUCACCAAGCAAGCAGGCUGUGAGACUCCCAAUGCACAAAUUGUACAGGUUUCAGAUGGCUGUGACUUCCUGUUUGUGGGUGGGAAGGAGACUCAGGGAGCCUUGGGUGUAAAGGUGGAGUUCUGGUUGGAGCGGCUCCGUUCCUCUCUUUCGCUCUCUCUCUGGGUCCCUCUGCUUCCUCUGAGAGUCGAGGUGUCUGACACGAACCUGCAGCGAAUGCAGGGGACCGGGACAGCAGGGGCUUCUCAGGAGGAGGAUGGUGGGGAGCGCAGAGCUGCCACUGAUCGCAGAAUACAUACUUGUCGCUCUCAGUAUCAGAGAGCACGUGUACGUUUUCUUGCCCACUUUGUUGCUCACUCAUUGGAUGGUAGUCGUCAGCUGACCUACCUACUGGGUUCUGAAUGGCUUCUGGAUGUGUCACCUCUUAUAAGAAGCCAGGCCGUUAUUAGAGACCCACGCAUUGCUCGACUGGAAGAGGAGGGAAGAGUUCUGAUUGGACAGGAGCCAGGGGUCACAUCUGUGGAGGUGCGGUCUCCACUCUCACACUCCAUCCUUGGGGAACAGACUGUUGUGGUAUCAUCAGAAACUGUCUCUAUUUUGGAACUGAGGACACACCUGGUGUGGGGUAUAACGCUCUCUGUUGGUUCCUCUGAGGUUAAUCAUCCUGGUGUCUUCACAGUCAACUGUCAGUCUCAGGAAGCAGCAAUGGUCCCAAAACAGGAAUCUGCAAUGUCUCUUUGGCUGCUGUUCAGUGACCUGUCAAUCUCUCCCCUUACACUCUAUGACCCACUUGAACUGUCUCUAUCGGUUGUCUCCUCUGACUCCUCUGUACUGUCUGUCCGUCGAUCUGUUACAACAGGUAGCCAGUGGCCUUUGCCAGUGCUUGUAUUCGAGAGUCCAGGAGAGGGGCCUUUACUACGUGUGUCUCUUCUGCUCCCAGAACGAUGUCGGGAAGGUGAAGCAACAGGUGUACUUAGUGCUGGGUAUGUUCGUGUUUCUUUCCCCAGAAAUGAGACCGAGGGUGAAGGGAAGGCCUCUAGUGACAUAAUCCAAAGUGACACUGAUGUUAUCACCAGGGAUGGUGACCUUCUCUCUGGUGCUAACAAUGUCUUGCCAGGGACCAGUGAUAUCAUUUUGAGGGGUGGUGACAUUACCCCUGAUGGGGAUGAAUCAAUCUCUGGUGCUGAUGACAUUAUCACAACACGCUGGGGAAUUCCUGGCUUGGAGGAAGGACUUUAUGGGCUUCUUGCCAUUUUCUCUCUACUUACCCUUCUAUUCCUUCUCAGCUGUAUAGCAUUUAUCAUGAGGCACAGGAAUAAACCAGUCCCAGAAGGCCCUGGAAAUCCUGAAGCCCCUAACUGGGUGUGGUUGGAGGGUCCAGAGGCUGAUGGGCCAAGGGCCCAAGGAGGUGGAGGUGUGGGGACAGAAGAGGAAGAUUGUGGCCAUUGGGAAGGAAGUGGCAGGGGACCACAAAGUUUGACCAGUACAUUCCAUCCAGUGAGGAGCACUCAAGGGCCUGAGACCAGCCUGGCCCCUCAGCCUGACAUUUGCUCCUUUUCUACACCAACAAAACAUUCUAGAGGCCAUGUGGAAAUAAAGAGACCUGAGGUAAUGUCUAUGCGACAUGCAAUUCCUCAGGGAGGAGAGAGAAAGAUGGAACGGAUUCCAGAUGACCCACCGGUACGCUCCAUCUUGGUAGCCAGUGAGGAGGAUAUCAUGUGGGUGUGCAAGGACAUGGGCAUGAAGGAGCCACAGGAAAUAAUGAGCUACAUGGAGAGGAUCAGGGGGGAGACACCACCAUCACAAGGUGAAAGGAGGAGAGAGGUUUUAAGAGGAAGGGGGAUGGAUAUAACAGGGGCCAGUGUCAGGAGACUAACUUAAUAACUGGCAGUGGCAUCUGAAAUAUAGGAAUGGAUAUGGGGGACAUGCAAAAAACAGAAAAAAAGAGAGAGCAAGCCAGGUGUUCAUGAAAACUAGUGAUGUGAAUCUGGGGCGACCAUUUCAAUAACCUAUUUAUUUGAUCCAGCAUAAAAAAAAAUACAAAAAUUAAUUAUAAGGCUAGGGGAUAAAACAUCUUCUUUUUAUUUGGAUAAUUAGAAAAUGGGACAUGGAUAGAAAGAGUUCAUAUGGGAACUAAAAUUAUAAGGAGAUAAAGGAGCAAAACUAUCAGAAAUCAAUGAAAGCACAAGUCUAAAACUGAAAACAUUUAGAAAAAUAAGAAAAAAUUUCUAUAAAGGAAAUUAAAACUGUUUUCUAGAGUGAAAAGUUGACUCUAGUGGUAUAAAUUUUGUGGAUCGAAUUGUUGAAGAGGGUAAGGGAAUUGGUGUUUACAUGUGAUAGUCUAAGAGUGAUGAUGAUAUGGGUUUGUAAAUUACCAGGUGGACAUAGGAAUCUACUUAUAAAGUGAAGUUGUAAAAAUCACUUCACACUUAUGUGGACAGGUAUGUUAAAUUUAUGAUUGGACAUAAGAGAUAUAUUUUGAGUGGAAUGCAUAAACCAUGCCGUAUUCAGCAAGCUAAUAAGACUUUUUAUGUACACUUUAUUUGGCAUUUAGUGUCUACAAUCAUUUAUGUUGGUAUUAUUGAAUUUUGUGUGUCUGGGGGCCAGUCAGAAAAUCUACAAUUAUUCAUAUACAUUAACUUUGUGAUCUGUUCUGUGAUAGAUGUGUUGAUCCACACAUGGAAUGGCUUAAGGAAUGUUACACAUUAUAGUGUUACAGGAAAGAAUCCUGGAUAAUUUUAGUGUCAUAGAUGAGAAGAUACGAAAAAGUUUAACAAACAUUCAAUAAUUUGAUGGUCCUGGUGCCAUAUAAUCUAAACUAUAGAGGCUUUGCCUAAAUAAGCCUUAACUGAUUAAAUUCAAGGUGACAACACACAGAGAUCUUUAGUAUUCCUAGACUAUAAGGAAUUAAAGAAAAUAUUUAUGACUAGUCUGAAUGGUGCUUACAGACCUGUUUUAUUUUACCGUGGAAACUGCAGCCAAGAUACAGAAUUUAGACUUCUUUGAUUUUGUGUGGAGGACAAGCAGGGUUUAUUUAUGACAUAUUAGGUAUAUGCAGAGACUAGGGUUGCCACUUGUCCAGUAAUGGCCCGGACAGUUUUAGUUUCCAUUUUGUAUGUCCGGGUUAUAAGCUGAGUCAGACGGGUUUGGUGGGAAACAGCCACAGCCAAAAAAGGUGGUAUUGUGCUUUUUGCAACUUACUGAAAUAGUUAUUUUUCUCUUGUGGGAGUGUGUCUGAGUGUGUCUCUGUGUGGGAGUGUGUUUGUCUCUUUGUGUUUGCCAGGUUCUUUCUGUGUGUGAAAGAGUGAGUGUAUUUGUGUUUGUGAAAGAGAAUGUGUGUGUUAGUCUGUGACAGAGUGUGUGUUAGCUUUAGUGUCUUUGAGUGUGUCAGAGUGUGAGUUAGUGUGAGAGAUAGUGUGUGAAUAUCUAUGUGCAAGUUUGUCUUUGUGCUUUUAUACAUAGUGUAUAGAGUGUUCGGGUUUGGCCUGAACUAAAGGUGGCAACCCUAGCAGAGACCUUAAAGCAAGUGUGGCAACAUACAAAAACUGUGUAUUCCAACAGCUAACAUUUUAAAAGUAUUCUUGUUUAAGUUAAUUAGUGUUUUUACUCAAUAUUAUGAAUCCGAAUGGAUCUCAAUCUUGUUUUAUAGGGCUUGACAACUGGAGUUUAUUAUCUAUUCACAAAUUUCCUACAGUACAUGCAAUAAUGUUAAACUUGGAAAAUUUAGAGGGAGUUUUUUUAUUUGAUUUCACUGAAAACUAUCACUGUGCAGCUAAGACUUUGCAAAAAGUUUCAUAAUCACUGUAAUCGCGAAAAUAAAAUAAAAUAAGUAUUAAACAGUUAUAUGGAGCAAUAAGAGGAGAUGGGACAAGUUUAUUUAUUUAGUAGAUUUGCUUCCCUCUGCCAGUAUUAAUAUUUUACUAAUUAAAGGGACAGUUUACCCAAAUAUUUUCUACACUUUAAUUUGUUCACAAUGAUCCAUUUUACCUGCUAGAGUGUAUUAAAUUGUUUACAAGUAACUAAUUUACCCUUAUAAUAGCUAAUUAAGCCUGUGAUAUCCCCACCUAUGCUGAAAGUUUCUGGACCUAAGUCCAGGCUAUUGGCAGGCUAUGUAAAAACAGCCAGCAGAAGAAAUUACACUCCCAGUGGGGUGCAGAAAAGAUAACUAAUAAAAUUAUAAUUUUCCAUUGUUUUCUUAAGUAUUGGACUUUUGUUUACAAACAGACACAGGAUAAGGAAUCAAGUGUGUGUACACAAAGUAAUAAAAUAAUGAGAUCUGAUUUUGCUUGCAAGGUCAACCCAUUUCAUAAAGUUGUGGUUUCAAAGCACAAAACAAGCAAUUUCAUAUACACAAAUAAACCUGAAAAUGCAAUUUCUCAUACAUUCUAUACUCUACAGUUGGUAUAACAAGUCAUUGGUAAUACAUUAAGGGAAAAACAAUUUUACAGUAUACUGUCCCUUUAAUGUGUGCCCAGAGAAUUUCAGACUGGGGUAUAUCCAUAACUGUAUACAAAUCUGCUUAUGCUGCAAUUUUUGUGAAAAUGUGCAUUGUCAAUAAUGUCAAAAACUAAUGUGUUCCAUUUAGAGGAGAAAAUGGAGUAUACUUAUGUGAUCACACAUAGCACAAUUUGGUAAAGCUUAUAAAAAGCACAAAGCUAUCAUGUUUUAAUAAAAAUUGAUAAAAUAAUGAUA